ACUAUAACGAGCUUCAUCCUUUUCCCGCUUCACAUUUUCAACCGAUUAGAUAAGGAGUAAUAAAAUGAAGUAUAAACUCACAUCUCCCUUUGAAAGAACUACCACCACUGAACAGUAAACACACCACAAGUCCGCAACCCUUACAAAAUUUACAAUUCCUUCCACAAAACUUUCCAUUCUUUCUAUCUCAUUUCAACAAUGGAGUCGACUCUCUCACCUGCGUGUUAUUCUCUCUUUACUCUCUCCAAAUCCCUGAGAUCGUCCUCCUCCGUUUACCCUACCGUUUUCUCUCUCCUCCAUUGCCGCCGCCUAUCCACAAACCCUAUCCUGACUCGCUCCCUAACCAGUCGAUUGUUAACUCGGCGACUUAAUUCGAGUUCAAUUAGAGGUUUUUGUUCUCCGAUUCGAUGCUUUUCUUAUGGAGGUGGCGGUGGUAUUGGCGGCGGAAGCGGCGGUGGAGGUGAUGGAUCGGAUGGUGGAGUUCCUAAAGUUACGGCGAAUGCCGUUGAUGAUGUUUCGGCGCUUUCUCCUGACGCUAUUGUACUUGAUGUUACGGGGAUGACUUGUGGUGGUUGUGCAUCCAAAGUGAAGAAAAUACUGGAAAAUCAACCUCAGGUUUCUUCUGCCAGUGUCAACCUUGCAACUGAAACUGCAAUUGUCUGGCUUGUUUCCGAAGCCAAGGCUGUGCCAAAUUGGCGACAAGAGUUGGGAGAGAUUCUUGCAAAACAUUUGACCAAUUGUGGCUUCGAGUCUAAUCUUCGAGAUCUUAAACGGGAGAAUGUAUUUCAAAUUUUUCAGAGGAAAAUGGAUCAGAAGCGCAGCAAAUUGAGGGAAAGUGGUCGAGAACUUGCAGUGUCUUGGGCUCUUUGUGCCGUGUGUAUGUUUGGCCAUCUGUCUCAUUUCUUCUGGGCAAAGGCUUCGUGGAUCCAUGUGUUUCACUCUACAGGAUUCCAUUUAUCAUUAUCUCUAUUCACAUUACUUGGACCUGGACGACAACUAAUUGUUGAUGGUCUGAAGAGUUUCUUCAGAGGUGCCCCCAACAUGAAUACCUUAGUUGGGCUUGGGGCUUUAUCAUCAUUUACUGUCAGCUCAUUGGCUGCUUUUAUUCCAAAACUGGGUUGGAAGGCAUUUUUUGAAGAACCGAUUAUGCUGAUAGCGUUCGUCUUGUUGGGAAGAAAUCUUGAACAAAGGGCGAAAAUAAAAGCUACUAGUGAUUUGACCAGCCUUUUGAGUAUUCUUCCCUCAAAGGCUCGUUUACUAGUCAAUGCAGCUGAAGAUACCGUGUCUACUGUUGAGGUUCCUUGUAGUGAUCUCUCUGUUGGAGACAAGAUUGUGGUGUUUCCAGGAGACCGUGUGCCAGCUGAUGGAACCGUUAGAGCUGGCAGGAGUACAGUUGAUGAAUCAAGUUUUUCUGGUGAGCCGCUGCCAGUGACAAAACUGCCUGGGACUGAAGUUUCUGCUGGAAGUAUAAAUCUGAAUGGAACACUUACCAUUGAAGUACAGAGGCCUGGUGGUGAAACAAUAAUGGGUGAUAUUGUUCGACUAGUGGAGGAAGCACAAAGUAGGGAAGCUCCUGUUCAGCGUUUGGCUGAUAAAGUAGCUGGGCAGUUCACUUAUGGUGUAAUGGCAUUGUCAGCUGCUACCUUCAUGUUUUGGACCCUUUUUGGCUCUCGUAUAUUGCCAUCUGUCUUAUCGGGAGGAAGUUCAGUUUCCCUUGCACUGCAGCUCUCUUGCAGUGUUCUAGUUGUGGCUUGUCCAUGUGCUCUUGGUCUUGCAACUCCCACUGCUGUGCUAGUUGGAACUUCACUUGGUGCUAAGAGGGGAUUGCUCUUACGAGGUGGCGAUGUCUUGGAAAAAUUCUCUGCAGCUGAUGUUAUUGUGUUCGAUAAGACUGGUACUUUGACCAUUGGCAAACCUGUUGUGACGAAAGUUGUCACCCUAGAAAAUGAGAUAAAUUUGCUGUCAGAUGCCAAUUCAGUUCACUUUUCAGAAGCUGAGGUAUUAAAACUAGCUGCUAGCGUGGAGUCAAAUACUAUUCAUCCAGUUGGAAAAGCUAUAGUGCAAGCUGCACGUUCGAUUGGUUGCCAGACAUUCAAAGCUGCUGAUGGUACCUUCAUGGAGGAGCCAGGAUCCGGUGCGGUAGCAACCAUUGAAAGUAAAAGGGUUGCAGUUGGGACACUAGAGUGGCUCCAGAGGCAUGGGCUUGAAGAUAACCCUUUUCGAGAGCUAGAGGAUCAAAGCAGUAAUCAGUCAGUUGUAUAUAUUGGAAUCGAUGGAAAUAUUGCUGGUCUUAUUUACAUUGAAGAUCAGAUAAGAGAAGAUGCCAAGAAUGUUGUUCAGACUUUAUUUAACCAAGGUGUAGAUGUUUACAUGCUAUCAGGAGAUAAAAGACAAACUGCCGAACACGUCGCCUCAAUUGUAGGCAUCCCUAAAGACAAGGUCUUCUCUGGAGUUAAACCUCAUCAAAAGAAAAAAUUCAUUAGUGAACUCCAGAGUAACAAGAAGAUUGUCGCAAUGGUUGGAGAUGGGAUCAAUGAUGCAGCUGCUCUUGCUUCAUCACAUGUUGGAGUUGCCAUGGGCGGUGGUGUUGGAGCUGCGAGUGAGGUAUCGUCUAUUGUGCUUUUGGGGAAUAGGCUUACGCAAGUACUUGAUGCAUUGGAGCUCAGCAAAUUAACUAUGAAGACUAUCAAGCAAAACCUCUGGUGGGCAUUUGGAUACAACAUUGUUGGACUUCCUAUUGCAGCCGGAAUGUUGCUUCCUGUUACAGGGGUGAUGCUCACUCCUUCGAUUGCUGGAGCCCUUAUGGGUUUGAGCUCAAUUGGGGUGAUGACAAAUUCCUUGCUUCUCAGAUUAAAAUUUUCCUCGAAACAGACAUAUGGCUCGGAGAUUGCUCCAAUUGCUGAAGAUCAGUCUGCUUUUCAAGUCCUAGUUGAUCGAAAUCAGAAGCCGAAAACUUAUUCUGAUUCUAGUUUGAAAAAUGCUUCAUGAUCAUGGUUGAGACUGCGAGGGAAGUUGGUCACAUAAUUCAACCAUCCUUUUCCCAGAAGCCGUGAGAUCCUGAAUCCUGUUUGUUGACCAUAUGCUAUACAUGGUUUGCAGUCAUCAACGCUUCUAUUAGCUUUUGGUGAUCUUUGACGGAUGGGGUAGCCUGUCAAUUCCCGAUAGCAAAAAAGGUUGGAGUUCAUACGGACAAUUUUUGGAGUUAAUUCACACAAAGGUAUGUCAGUUCUAUAUAAUGAUGGAUUGAAUUUUAAUCCGUCAAAUUAAUCAAUUGGCUCUGUAACAUAGGUGUAGAGUUUUUAUUAUUUUGUUUUAGUUGCUAUAAAAUAUUUUUAAAACACGUGUAAUUUUUUGUAAAAAUUUUUUAACUGGUUUUUCUUAUAAUAGUAGAAUAUAAAUCUAAAUUUAAAAAAUUGAUGGAAAAUUCGCAGGUAAUAUUGAUAUGGAAUUAAAACUUUACCAAAUUUCAUAAGAGUAAGUGAAAUUAAUUGGUUCUGUACCAAAAAAUAAAUAAAAAGUUCUUGAUAAGAUUAAAUUCUUCAGUGUUAUAAGUCAAAUAAAAAAAGAGUAUGAUCAAAAAUUAAACAGAUCAACUGUACACAAACAAACAAGAGGAAAUAAAAUUAUUAUUUGAUUUUCUGAAAAGUAACAAAUCACUCUUAAAGCAUUAAAUAAGCUUUUGCAUAUUUACAUUCCUGGACCUUUUUACAAGAUUGCACAUAAAUACGCACACUCAACCUAGUAGACUUAAAGAAUAGAAUCCGACAUUCCAAAUUUAAGGAUCCUUUUAGUGAUAACCAAUAGGAGCUGGUGCUUCUUUCAAUUUCUUUCCCUGAAAAUGGAUAUCCUGCAUCAUAUAACCACAUCAUUAGUUCAUAUUAUGUGAAGACUGUUCUUGGAAGGCUCUAGUUUAAAGCUUUUUCGGGUAGUAAAAGGAUAUGGCAAUAGUCAGAACUAAAUAUGCUGUAUUAAAUUUCAUGCACCAAGCGCACAGGACGGAUCACAGAAUAUGGGAUUAAGCAUCUGGCGGAAAUUGAAGAUAUAACACUUUUUCCAUCUUCGGUGUGUGACAAUAUUUCAUUACUAAUGACUUCCAUUUAGGCUCCCACAUAGGCAGGGUUUGAAGAGUCGACAUAUGCAAUAUUUUUGUGAUAACAAAGAGAUAGUUUCCGAUUUGACCUUUGAUAGAAAACAUAAUUGAAAUGAAGAUAAAAGGGCCCCACAAGCUAUGUUGUGCAUCACAUUGUUUUAGGUUCAAUACGGUAGACUAAAAUACCUAAGAACAGAAGGUUGUAUGCCUGUACAAAUACUCUUUUCUUGCCAGGAUUAGUAGUCAUAUAUCAACCCCUUUAAUUAGAACUAAUAUAAGACUUAACAUAAAGAACACUUGUAAGCAUGAUAAAAUGAGUCAUCUCCUCACCGCUACAUUUGUAGCAUGCUGGAAAUCUAUCAUAAACCACUAAAUGGAUGCAUACUAACUAGC